GACUGACAGCCUCCGCUCGACCCGGAGGUCCCGCCCCCGACCGGGAGUCUAGGCCCCGAAGAGAGGCGACUCGCACACUCGCGCCGGCUUCCACUGGGUUUCGUUCGCGGUCGCGGCCUCCCGGCGUUGACCUUUGCCCCCGCGGCGCGGCUUUACGUCCAGCGCGCUGCGCUCGGCCCAAGAUGGCGGCGCCCGUGUGCAGCCGGGGACUGGGACCACGGGUUCUGUCCUGGAGCCGACAGCUGCCGUGCAUCUGGAGCGCGCUGCACACGUCCGCGGUCUGCGCCAAGAAUCGCGCGGCCCGAGUCCGUGUGGGCAAAGGGGACAAGCCAGUGACCUACGAGGAGGCGCACGCGCCUCACCACAUCGCCCACCGCAAGGGCUGGCUGUCGCUGCACACAGGGAAUCUGGAUGGGGAGGACCACGCUGCAGAGCGAACGGUGGAGGACGUUUUUCUCCGCAAGUUCAUGAGGGGCACCUUCCCAGGCUGCCUGGCUGACCAGCUUGUCCUGAAACGCCGGGCUAACCAAGUGGACAUCUGUGCCCUGGUCCUGAGGCAGCUGCCUGCACACAAGUUCUACUUCCUCGUGGGCUACAGUGAGACUCUGCUGUCACACUUUUACAAGUGUCGUGUGCGUCUACACCUCCAAACUGUGCCCUCAAAGGUCGUGUAUAAGUACAUCUAGGAUAGUCACAUUUUUGCCAUGAAGCUCUAGCCUGCAAAGGACAAAUGUGUGGGAAGGGAGUGGAGUAGAAAUGGGGAGACACCCCUCCACUUCAGAGUCCAGAGGCUUCACUUUCAAAGUUGCUGUUGAAUAAAUGAACUUUCAAUGUUG